AUGGUUCCUGUGGGAGUGGUCACCCCCGCAAGCCCUGAUUUCCACGAGGAAGAAGAGGUGGAAGAGGAAGAGGAAGAGGAAGAGGAGGAGGAGGAGAAGGGGGAGGGGGAGGAGGAGGGGGAUGACGAUAGCAUUCUGCAGCUUGAUGCAUUUGACGUUCCUGAUUCCAAGGCAUUCCCUGACCUGGAAAGGAUCAUCGUCUCGGAUUGGAGCAUCGACCUUCCCCAGAAGGGUAUCAUGAAGUGGAUUAAAACUAUCCACCAGAGCUCUCGUGGCCUUGAUCUGGGCUCUCUCGGCCACGGCGUUCUUCCAAGUGUUUUCCGGGAACAAUCAGCGAAAUGGGAAAUGAUCGCGAAGCAAUACCUUAGCAAGAUCAUCCUCUUCGUCCAUCGCUUCAUCCUGAAGGCACUGGAGGUCGUCUGUGCAGAUACACAAGUGCUUCAGCUUGUAUCAUCCGCCAUCAUAGUCGAACUCUGCGCUAAGUACAAGGAUGGCAUGAACCAGGCAACCUUCCUGGUCAACGUCGAGCGGCAGCUGAAGCCGUACACGCUGAACCACUACUUUAACCACAACCAGCAGAGGAGUCACGGCGCGCGGAUCAAAGAGACGCUGCGGCCUAAGGCCCGACAAGAGGCGCAUAAUACAGGCUGGGGCAAGCGCAAGAUGCUUGUCAUCAAUCUAAGUGAUGUUGCGGAUGCCGUCAUGUUGCGGUGGAGUGAACAGUGCGCAUGUGCGGAGAAUUGA